AUCACACUCGGGACGUAAUGGCGGCGAGGGGGAAACUUUUGGGGCUGUUUCUCCAGCUCACCGCUGUCCUGUUGGUGGUUCCGGGGAAACAAGGGCUCGAUCUGCGGUGUCUGCGGACGUGCAACGUCAAGGGGGAUUUGACAUGUCUUGCAAAGUGUGCUGCAGAGAGGAGCAGAAGAGAUGCAGAUGACUACCCACAAUCUGGGCCUUGUGACCCAUGGCCAUUUGAGGGUCUUAACCUACCUUGGGUCCCAGCUUCCCCUACUGAUCUCAGAGUGGCAGGACGGAUCAACGGUACCUGCACAGUCAAUGGUGUUGACAGGCGAUGUGAAGGUGUGACUGUGGAGUGGAGAGCUGCAGCUCAAGGACUCCGUGAACUAAGAGGUUUUCAAGCCAGCAUACUAAGACCAGAUCAUCAAGACAAUAAUUGUUACCAGGUCAUCAUUCCUCAGUCAGUGGAGGCGGAUGGUGAGACAAUCUACAACCACACAUUCUUCCCCAUUUUCGAAGGAGGAAACUAUGUCGUGUCUGUCUACUCCCUGCCGAUGAACUAUGACACACCAGAGGAGGCUCCACCAGCCAGAAUCACUGUAACACCCCGGAGCUGCACAGAACUUUAUGCAGAUGAUCUGUCUUUUUGUGGACCUGAAGCAUGGAUCCCCAAAAAUAUCAAUAUCACUGUGGCUGGGAGAAGUGUGGAUGUCAACUUUCCGGUUGCUCAACAUGAUUAUGGUGUCCUUCAAUAUCAUAUCUUCAUAAGCAACAUGAAGUGUAAUAAGUCUGACUUCAACUGUGAGACCUGGAGAGAAAAGUGUGACGGACUUGUAGCAACUUUGCCUGGAGGUCCAUAUAGAUUGGUUCCUAAGCCUACUGACAGCCAAGUCGUGCAGCUUCACUAUGAUGAAAUCCCUCCAAGAAAGUAUCUCUUUGAGGUCCGAGGAGAUUUUAGACAGAGAACUUGUCCAACUGUUUUUGAAGUAACAGACUGGGCCCCUCCUGUGGACUCCCUUGCCAUCACAGAGGACAUGUGGACCUGCACUGCUGAUGUGUUAUUCCCUGCUGGUGAUGGUGUCCCUUCUUAUAGGGUCUGCAUGGAUGAUGCCUGUGUCUCUGUCACUCAUGAUUCUGGUCCCAGUGUCAGCCAUACAUUCCAGCCUGUACAGCCGUACCACGAGUACCAGGUCAAGGUAUCUGAUGACCGGUACACAGAUGCUACAAACACCGUGAAGUCUUUCACUAGCUUACAAGGAAAUUGGACUCCAAACAUCACGGACUUGGUCACUACUGACAGUGAUGAUGGCUUUUUCAUCAACUUAACUUUCAUGUCCCCACAAUGCAUACAGCAGUACAUUGUUAAUGUAUGCAUCAAUGGUGAAGUGCUAUGCCUUCACGGGACUUAUGAUACAAAACCAAGCAACAAAGGCUUUCCAUGGGUCACACUGGAUUUGCCCGUGGAUAUGAUAAGACAAGGAAGCUGGCAGUUUAGGGUUAAAGCAGCAGACAUGCCAGGUGCACCUGAAGGCUUCUUCACGAUCGACUUACCUCUAGGAUCAACAACAAGACCAACACCACCACCACCCCCUCCUCCAACAACACCAGACAGUGGUCCAAGUGUCACAUCACCUGUGUCCCGCGACGAGAGCUGGAGGCACGGAGCUGCUGCAGCUGGGGGCGUGGUAGCUGCCGUUGUGCUGAUCAUCAUACUCGUGUGCUGCUGGAAACACCCUCGACGUCCCCAGAUACCAAAGAUCUGUGGUGACACUGACAACAACCUUCAACCCACAGAAGGCAGAUAUCUUCCAUCUGUCCAGACUUUGACAGAUUCCCUGCCUGACAUACGGCAGAAGACAGUUCUGCUGCUGGCCUCCUAUGACUGUGUGGAACACAGGACUGUCGUGCUGUGCUUCGCCGCUUACCUGCAGAGGGAGUGUCACUGUCAGGUGAUUCUGGACCUGCACAAGACGGAGGACAUCUCCAAGUUAGGGGCCAUGGAGUGGCUUGUGAGUCACAUCCACGGUGUGGACUAUGUUAUCGUCAUCUGCUCUGCAGGGACCAAGUUUAAAGCCACCAAGGGAGACAAGAAGUCAUGUCAUCUCCAGGAGAUUGAGCCGAGCGGCGACCUGUUCACAGGAGGGCUGAAACACAUCAACCUGCUUCUGCACAGCAGGGACGAGGACAUGUCCAAGUUCAUCAACGUCUACUUCCCCUACAGCAGGAAGACAGACGUGCCGGCAACACUGGAGAUCGCCAGGACAUUCAAGCUGAUGGAGAGCAUGCCAGCACUGUUCUGCCACAUCCAUGGACACUCCCAGUUCAGCAUGGAGGGUGCUGUGCACAUCGACGUCGCUGAGCAAGUCGGAAGCACAGAGUCAGGACGCAAGUUGCUGAGCGCAAUUGCGAAGAUGGAGGCAAAGGACAAAGCAGAACCUAACUGGUUCAUCAGUCGUAUCGUGAGCACUUCUGAAAGAGACAACGGGAACAGCAGCCACAGCAAAGCCAACUCAAACGGCAAGGUCGAAACCAACCCCACUGACAAAGGAGAGGAAACAUCAGCCAAGACGCCAGCGGAUGUCAAUGUGAUGGUCGAAGAUGAGGCCAAGGUCUGCCCUGACGAUGUUGAUGAUGAGGGCUACUGCCACAGCAUCCCCAUGAACCUGCUCAACAACGGCACCAUCCAGUACGACCCCUUCCUACCCCAGCCUGAUGCCCAGCUGUACAGAGAACCUGAACCAUACGUCUACCGAGAUAUGAUGGUACAACCAGCGGGUCCUCCUUACCAGUCAGAACCAGUCCAGUUCCCACUGUAUGGCCACCAGCAGGACCAAGUCGGAUGGCAAUCGCCCUAUGGGGAUAUGAUAAACAACCAGCAGGUAUACAUGGAGCAUGUCACACCCAUGGAGCAGCCACACAGGCCCAACCUGAAGCUCCACAUCCCAGAACCUCCACAGGGACAAUACGUUCCAAAGGAACCUAGUAAGGAGGCUAUAACUCCUGAAAGUGGCUGUUACAGUGGGGAAAACAUUGAGGAUCAGUUAUCCUUCUUUAACCUGCAGAGUCAGGCAGCUUUUUCAGAGCUGCAGGUGUAAAAUUUUAUUUUUCAAAGCUGCCCAGUUGAUGAAAAUGUACAAUUUAAGGACAUUUCUAUACAUAUCUGAUAUGUUGUUAUACAUUGUACCUUAAAAGUCAGUUUUAGUUUUCAUGUUUUUUUUUCUAGAUUUCAUAGAUUCUGUGUGCACUGUUGAAUUUUCAUAUGAUAUGUCUAAUAAUAUUGUGACCAAACUGGAUCCUCAACUCAUUUAUCUUAGAAUGUCAUAAAUGACUUUGAGUGUCGGUUGUCAUGAAAAAGUUGACUAUGGCAAGUUGGUUUUAAAUUUAUGUUCAGUAUCUUGAUUUUUAUAUACUGCCUGAUGUUCAGUUUACUGCCAUGGAGAUAUGUGGACACAUACUGUAACAACAGUAAUGUUUUUUUGUGAUAUUUGCUGUACAUUUUUGAUUUUCCCUCUUGUCAUAAUCACGAAAGAUGAAAAUUGUAUGUUGCAAAAAUUCUAAAGGAAACAUUUAUGAUAAAUCGUUAAAGAAAAUAUUGUACAGAAUUGAAAAAUACACUAUUUAGGCAAUACCAUAGUGUAUGUACGAGUAUCCCUAGUGUGCUAACAUAUGCAGAUUCUUUUAGAUACCUCCAAAUUGGUAAUUGUGUAUGAUGGUUCAACCAACGGUAAACUGUAUAUAUACUCCUUGAAAAGUGACAAUUGACUGGAAUUCUAAAAUGAUGUCGAGUGACUUAUCUUUUAGUUCAUGCAGUCAAUAUUCCUAUUUGAUAGGACCUGAUAUAUUUUUAAGCAAGAAUGGAUUCAAAUACUACAAAUGUUUUGUAUUUGGAUUGCAUGUCAUAUAUGUAACGUUAUAUAGUAUAACUGUAUCAUACAUAGAUAGCCAAAGAUCAUGUUAAUGAAUAUGAUAAUCAGUACUGUAUUUUGAUAACCAAGUGAGUUAAGAAUUCUUUUUAUAUGAUCAUAUCAUACCAAAGCAUUGCUAUCAAAUUUUGCUGUUUUCAAAAGUUUGAAAUUAUGAAGUAUGGAAACUAUAGAAACAAGGUAGUAGCUUGAAACUGAUUCUAAUCAUGAUGACUGAUGAAUGAAGGUGUCAAAGUACCUUUUCAAGGUACAAUUUUCUUUAAUCCAAUCAAUUGAAUGCGACCUUUGUUGCUUAUAAUCUGAGAGUGUAUGUGUCUGAAAUGCUUUAUUAAAGAUGUUUGUGGACA